AUGGCAGAAAACAACAUAGAGUGCAAUAGUGUGGUUGAUGGUAAUGUUGAAGAAGUCCCCAACAAGAAGAUAAUUAAGUUUAAUCCUCCAUUAUACAAACAGCGUUACCAAUUCGUUAAAAAUUUAGUGGAGCAACAUCAACCCAAGAAGGUUGCAGACUUGGGGUGUGGUGAUGUUUGCCUCCUAGUGAUAUUAAAAUACCAAAAGUGCAUUGAAGAGCUUGUUGGAGUGGAUAUCAAUGAAGGGAGACUUAAAUGGAAUGGGUCUAGGCUGUCCCCAUGCAUGGGGGAUCAUCUGGAUCCUCGAGAGCUGGAUUUAGUUAUUACCUUGUAUCACGGCUCUGUUUUGGAGAAAGACUGUCGUUUGCUUGGAUUUGAUUUGGUAGCAUGUAUUGAAUUAAUAGAACAUUUUGAUUCAGAAGAUCUGGCGAAGUUUCCUGAAGUCGUAUUUGGGUACAUGUCUCCAGCCAUGAUUGUCAUCAGCACACCGAACUCUGAUUUCAAUUCCCUGUUUCCAUCUACAGUCUUCAGAGAUUCAGAUCACAAAUUUGAGUGGAGUAGAAUGCAGUUUCAGACCUGGGCUUUAGACGUGGCCAGUCGCUACAGUUACUCUGUGGAGUUUACUGGUGUGGGAGAACCACCAGCAGGAGCUGAGGAUGUUGGAUGGUGUACCCAGAUAGGGGUCUUCCGGAAAAAAGCAAAGGCAACUGAAUCUGCUGUUUUGGAGCACCAUGGCGAACAUGUUUAUGAAGUUAUUUAUACGACCUCAUACCCGAGUUUACAGCAAAUGAAUUACUGUAGACGUGUAGUGACUUAUCUAGUGUACCGAGAGGUGAACAGAAUGAAACGGAGAUGUCAAGUGAGUCUGAGACAGCAUGAGUUGGAACCUGAGUCCGCAGACCCUGGCAACCCAACAAGAAAAUUCAUCUCAGACCUUCCAGUUCCAGUACUCACAGAGGCAGACAAAGCCAUGGAGAUGACUCCCCAACCCUUCUGUAUUGGAGAUAAGUUUUAUGUACCCCUGGAGAGAAUCAUUGCUUAUCCCAGGCUGCGGCACAUAUGUGGUAAUGUAGAGAAGCUGAGAGAGUUCCUUGCUGAUGUAGUAGAACUGAACUGCGAUGGUUCUGCAGUGAAGGUUGACUUGCAUGAUUGUGGUGACUACUGA